AUGUCGAACAAUAUCGUCGACGACGACAGCCGGCCCAUGCGUACUGGGACCUGGGUAACCGGCAGUGCGCACAUAAUAACGGCUGUGAUUGGUUCAGGGGUGCUGUCCCUGGCUUGGGCUAUUGGGCAGCUCGGUUGGAUUGCCGGUCCGGCCGUUCUUGUCGCCUUCUCGCUCGUAACUCUUUUCACGUCCUCUCUACUGGCCGACGCCUACCGCCAUCCCGACCCCGUCACCGGCCCAGCCCGCAACUACACGUACAUGGAUGCCGUCAGGGCCCAAUUAGGCGGGCGUAAGGUCCACCUAUGCGGCUUGGCCCAGUGUAUUAAUCUGGUCGGGGUCAACGUGGGUUACACCGUCACCGCCGCCAUCAGCAUGGCGGCUGUGGAGAGUUCGUGGAGUUGUUUCCACGACGGGUUCAGGGAGGAGGACAAGUGCGACGUGUCGAGCACGCGCUACAUGAUCAUCUAUGGAUGCGUCCAGCUGGUCCUUUGCCAGGUCCCCAACUUCCAGAAGCUGUCGUGGAUCUCCAUCCUGGCCGCCGUCAUGUCGGCCACCUAUUCCGUCAUUGGCUUGGGUUUGUCCGUAGCCAAAGUAGCUGGAGGUGGGACAAAGGCGGCCACGACGACGGUGGGGUUACACGUGUCAGAGGGUCAUGAAUUGUGGAGAGUUUUCCGAGCUAUCGGCGACAUCGCCUUUGCUUAUUCCUACUCCACCGUCCUCAUCGAGAUCCAGGACACCCUAAGAUCGAGCCCGCCGGAGAACAGAACAAUGAAGAGGGCAAGCUUCGUGGGCAUCACAGUCACCACCCUCUUCUACCUUCUCUGCGGUUGUGUUGGCUACGCAGCCUUUGGGAAAGCCGCGCCGGGGAACUUGCUCUCCGGAACUGGAUUCCGCCAGCCUCUCUGGCUCGUCAACAUCGCCAACAUCUGCGUAGCAGUCCACCUAGUCGGAGCCUACCAGGUGUUUUGCCAGCCAAUCUUCAGCUUCGUGGAGUCCAGGUGCCGUCAGAGGUGGCCGGAGAGCAAGUUCGUGACCAUGGAGCACCCCGUCACCGUUGGUGGUGGCACGACGACGGCGACCGUCUGCCACGUCAACUGGUUCAGGUUGGUGUGGAGGUCUGCGUACGUGGUGGUGACGACAGCCCUGGCCAUGACUUUCCCAUUCUUCAACGACUUUCUCAGCCUCGUCGGGGCGGCGUCGUUCUGGCCGUUGACGGUCUACUUCCCCGUCGCGAUGUACAUUUCCCGGGCCAAAAUCCCCAAGUUCUCCUUCACCUGGGCUUGGCUGCAAUGCUUGAGUUGGGCCUGUCUCGUGGUUUCGCUUGUCGCGGCCGCUGGAUCGGUGGAGGGCCUGAUCCAGUCCAUGAAAAAGUACCACCCGUUCAAGAGUUGA